AUGUCCCCUGCAACUGCAUCUACCGACUUCCGACCAGAAAGACGCCUGGGUCGAUCGGGGCCUCGAUCACGAGCCGGCUGUACCACCUGCAAGAGGCGCAAGGUGAGAUGCGAUGAAGGAACUCCGGUAUGUGCCAACUGUACCCGACUAGGAGCUGAAUGUGUGUAUCGACGGGUUCCAUCGAAGCGUUGGCAGACAGAGAGACCAACUAGCCCUGGCACACAUCCCAGUCAGCAGAAUGUGGAUCAGUCACCGACUUCAACCAAUCACCGAGACGUUGACGAGUUGAUGGAUCUUGACUCGAGCCUCAACCCUGCCUUUUACCCAGAAACUGCUUUGUUCUUUGACUUUGACGCCUUCUCUCGGAAUGCUCUGGAUUUAUGGUGUUCCCCAUCGACCUUGCUACCGGAGCCACAAGGCCUGGCAAUUCCGACGUUGGAGGAUGCCAUCACAUUGGAGCAUGACCGUCAUGAUGGCGCUGCCCCUUUCGUUACAAACUCAACCUAUGACGUGCCUCACACCGCAGAGAAUGUUCGCUACCAUCUCCCCAAAGAAACCGAGCCUUCGGUAACUGAGGCUCUUCAGGAGCAAGAAAGCAAUGCCCACCAAUCCGCCCCCACCUCCAACUCGUCUAGCAAAGAUGCCAAUCUUUUGCGAGAUAUAGUUCCAAAUUUCAACCGGAUGGCCACGAAUAUCUUCUUUGCGGCGCGUUCAACUACCGACCCUGGAGCGGAUGAAAGCAUCACUCGUCGUUCCGAUGCAUUGGGAAGAUACUUCCAAGAGCAUGUGUUUGUUCCUGCUGUAUCAAGUGUGGAUACUACCUCAUGGCACGAUCUCUGUUGUCAGAUUCUGGCUAUGGCCCGUGGCAGCUCUACUAUCUCAAACGCAAUCGUGGCGCUCUCCCAGCUCCACUUUAACAAGUUUUUCUCAACUACAGAACACAACAAAGGUCCACAUGCUCUACGAAACGGCGAAAACCUCUCUCAUUAUCUGUAUAUAUUUGCCAGAGAGUCGCUUAUCGAGGGGCUCGAGCAGCUAAAGGUGAAGCCGUCUGCAUCUCUUCGUCGAGAGCUGCUAAUUGGACUCUUUCUUCUCACUUGCUUCGAGCUCAUCGACAAGGAGGAUAUUCAUCGAGCCCAUCAAAUAAAAUGGGCAGAUUGUCUUAUACAAGAUCUAGAUGAGGCCGAUUUGUUAACACAGCAAAUAUUGAAUUGGCUAGUUCUUUGCGAUAUGAAACUUGUCAUAUUCGGAGGAAACGGCAUUUUGACACGUCGGCCAACCUCAGUAUCACCUUUCAUAAGCGGCCCUCCAAACCCGUCGAUGCACCCAGUCGCGGAUGCGGGGUCACCAUUGCAGCAAAGUUCAAGGGAAAUGGACCUUUUAUCCCCACCGCCCGACCGGUUACGACCAGAGAUAAGGCGGCGAGACCCGUUGACGUCGUGCCCUUCCAAUAGCCCACUGCCGACAUUAAAGGAAAGCAUUCUUCGUGAUGCCUUCACUUUCCAUCGUCUGUCACAGCAGUUCCUUCGCAAAAUUGCUAUGUUGGAUCGCCACCGUCGGCCUCGUGGGUCCAUCGAAGAUGAAGUGGAAGUCACUGCCAGCGCCAGUCAGAUUAUCAACGAUCUUCACCAGCUUUGGAAUAGCCGCCCUGUAAUUUUGAACUCCGAUUUCGAGCAACUCAAAGACUCAUUACAACUACAUCUUGCGAAAGAUAUUUCUCGAUUACUCUGCGUGAUUCGGGCAUGCUUUUGGUCUAAUUUUUGUUAUUUAUACAGAGCUGCAUGGUGGGACCAUUUAGCACAAGGAGAUGAAAGAUCAGCAGCCGAUAAUACAUGGGCAGAACUUCGUGGUAGUGUCGACCAGCCAAUUGUGAUUUCCGAAAACUUCGUAUCUGACAUUGAUGAUUGGGAUGAGUCGCCUCUCAACAGCGCAGCAAUGUGGGCUCUGUUCACAUUUGCGACCGAAUGCGCCGACUCGGUCAAAGUUGCCUGGUGUAUUGCUAAGCUUCGCCAAUUGAGUCUGGUGAAAUCCGACUAUGGACCAGGGGGCGAGCAUGCGAGCAUUCAUGCUGGUAAAGCUGCGCGCCUACUACAAGAAGUAACAGACCAACAAAGAGCAAAGAAUGCUCGGGUCGACGUGCGAUACAUUUCCCUCGACCUGUUCGGCUUUAUGUUCCCCAUUAUUUAG